UCUGUCUUCGUUUCCAAAUCUAGUAUUUGACCGGUUUGUGGGACAAAGUCGUUCUUGCGGUUGUAUGAGCAUUGGAAAUUGGUUAUAUUAAGGAAUAAAUACUCAGUUGUUCAAGGUCAUAAGGGUUUACAAUUGAUUUCUUAAACGGAGAAGACGAAGACUUGUUACAAUAAAAACUCAUUACAAUGAAGUUUGAAGCAACGAAAGAGUUCAUGAAUGAAAGCCGUACGGAGGCAGCAAAAGCUGACCCCUCUCCGCUACAGUCUCAUUUACCAGCGACACUGGACACAUUGCAAGUGCAUCUCUUAAAAGAUUAUGUUCCUGAGGAUGACCUCGUCACGUUAAAGAAUUUUCAGCGUGUCUGUAAUUACAUCGCUGCUGCAAUGAUUUUUCUGUGCGAUAAUGUCUUGCUAGAAAACAAACUUACAAGCGAUCAUAUUAAACCUCGACUUUUGGGACAUUGGGGAACUUGUCCAGCGCUGGCGCUGGCAUAUUCUCAUUGUAACAGGAUUAUCUCAAAGUAUAAUCUUGACAUGUUGUUCGUUACAGGCCCAGGGCAUGGUGCACCUGCAAUUUUGGCUGCUCUGUAUAUUGAAGGUUCGUUACAGGCUUACUAUCCUCAGUAUGGCCACAACAUGCAAGGUUUGCACCGUCUCAUCACAAAAUUCUCCGUGACGGGUGGCUUUCCUUCGCAUGUAAACGCUGAGGUUCCCGGUGCCAUUCACGAAGGCGGUGAGCUUGGUUAUGCGUUGUCCGUAAGCUAUGGUGCCGUGCUUGAUCGACCAAAUUUGAUUGUUGCAUGCGUUGUUGGCGAUGGUGAAGCCGAAACGGGCCCAACAGCUGCUUCUUGGCAUUGCCAUAAGUUUAUAGACCCUGCUGAGUCAGGUGCCGUCAUUCCUAUCCUCAAUCUCAACGGCUUCAAAAUCUCGGAACGGACCGUGUAUGGGUGCAUGGACAGACGGGAACUAUCUGCACUCUUCAGUGGGUUUGGCUACCAGGUCGUGUUUGUCGAUUACCGAACGGCUGAUGAUGUGAAUCGUGACAUGGCUGCUGCCAUGGACUGGUGCGUUGAGAUUAUCCACGAAAUACAGGAUGCUGCACGGGCCGGAACGCCUAUCAUAAAACCACGUUGGCCGAUGAUUAUUCUUCAUACGCCAAAAGGCUGGGGCUGUCCGAAGACGUUGCAUGGCAAGCCGCUUGAAGGCACAUUUCGUGCUCAUCAAGUACCACUGAAAAACGCUAAGACAGAUGCUGAGGAGCUGGGUCAAUUAGAGAACUGGCUGAAAAGCUAUCAUAUUGAAGAUUUCAUUGACAAAAGUAAUGGUCUCCCAUUGAAAGGACUCAUUGAGCAUCUUCCUCCCCGUGUUAAACGAAUGGGGCAAAAGACAGAUGCGAAUAACGAUUUCCAACCACUCUGUGUCCCAGACUGGAAUGACUUUUCGAUUGACCGUGGUAUCUUGGAGAGUGCAACUUCUAUAGUAGGAAAAUACUUGGAUCGUGUUCUUCAAGCGAACCCUAAAACUUUGCGUUUAUUUUCACCGGACGAAUUGGCUAGCAACAAACUCGAUGGUGUAUUAGAGCAUUCGAAUCGGACAUUGCAGACGGAUGCAAUAAGUGCAUGGAGUCGCGGUCGAGUCACGGAGGUACUUUCAGAGCAUAUGUGUCAAGGAUUUAUGCAGGGCUAUACCUUAACAGGUCGCACCGCCAUCUUUCCUUCUUACGAAGCCUUUCUGCCUAUCAUUACUAGUAUGACCGUACAGUACACAAAGUUUUUAAAGAUGGCUUUGGAGACGAAGUGGCAUGGCAGAGUCGGAAGUCUUAAUUACGUGACGACGAGUACCUGGGCACGCCAGGAACAUAAUGGCUUUUCGCACCAGUCACCUCGGUUCAUUACUACAAUGCUCUCAUUCAAGCCAACCUUGACACGCGUUUAUUUUCCACCGGAUACAAACUGUUUCCUGUCAACCAUAGCUCACUGUCUUUCCAGCGACAACGGUGUGAAUCUCAUGGUUUCAAGCAAGAACCCAGGACCCUCAUGGCUGUCAAGAGAGGAAGCCGAAGAGCAUUGCGUAGCUGGUGCGAGUGUUUGGAAGUUUGCCAGUACGGACGGCGGACUCGAUCCUGACGUCGUACUUGUUGGCAUUGGCAAUGAGAUUAUGUUUGAAGUGAUUGCAGCAGCUUCCAUUCUCGCACAUGAUUUACCAAAGCUGCGUAUCCGUGUUGUGAACAUCACGGACCUUAUGAUUUUGGCUGACAACCACCCGCAUUCUAUGUCUGAAAUUGAGUUUAACGCACUCUUUACUCCGAACCGCCAUGUUCACUUUAACUAUCACGGAUAUGUCAUGGAUCUCCAGUCCCUCCUGUUUUCUCGCAUCGAUGCUUCACGGGUGAGUAUGGAGGGUUAUUGCGAAGAGGGAACUACAACGACACCGUUCAACAUGAUGAUUGCUAACCGUACGUCUCGAUACCAUGUUGCAAUGGCUGCCGUCGCUGGAGCUACUUGCAAUCCAGAGGUUGCCAUGAAUUGUCACAAACUCAUCAGCAAUUACAAGCACAGACUUACACAGAUCAAGCAUUACAUAUAUGAAAAUGGAGUGGAUCCAGAAGGCACCUUUGAUAUUCCCGACAAUUUGACCAAGGGACAGGUAAUUUAAAAUCGCACGAAGCGGUAGCAGUGCCUAUGACCUGCAAUCUCUUUAAAGCUAUUUUAGUCUUAGCAGCUUCAAUCUUAUCCAAAAAUUUUGCGAAUGAUUAAUUGUCAACAAUCCAACUCUGUAGUUCAUUCUAUUGUUCAU